UUGUUCUCCAUCUCUAAUUAAAACAACACGCUUAAGAAAACCAAACCUAAAAUAUCCGAUUUCCCCUCUCAAACACCGAUUAGAUUUCUUCUACUCACAUCGUCACUCCAAUUUAUUUCUCCAAUCAGUUUCCCUUAUCUUCAAUUUUUCAUUAGAUAAGAAGCAAUCAUGUUUAACCGUCUGUUUGGAAAACCUAAGCAGGAAGCUAAUGCUCUAACUUCGUUAGAUAAAUUAAAUGAGACUCUUGAAAUGUUAGAGAAAAAGGAGAAAGUGCUCCUUAAAAAGGCUGCUGGGGAAGUGGAAAAGGCUAAAGAAUUCACUAGAGCGAAGAACAAAAGAGCGGCUAUUCAAUGCUUGAAGAGAAAGAGGCUAUACGAACAACAAAUAGAACAGCUUGCAAAUUACCAAUUGCGUAUUCAUGAUCAGAUGAUUCUGUUAGAAGGUGCAAAAGCCACUACAGAAACUGUAGAUGCAUUGAGAACCGGAGCAGCUGCAAUGAAGGCCAUGCAGAAAGCAACAAAUAUUGAUGAUGUGGAUAAGACAAUGGAUGAGAUAAACGAGCAAACCGAGAACAUGAAACAAAUUCAAGAUGCUCUUUCAACUCCUAUUGGUGCUGCAGCAGAUUUUGAUGAGGAUGAAUUGGAGGCAGAACUUGAAGAAUUGGAAGGUGCUGAAUUGGAAGAACAACUUCUUCAACCUGCAACUACAGCUCCAGCUGCUCCGAUUCAUGUUCCAGCUGGAAGGCAACCAACUCGUCCUGUCGCGCAAAAGCGCACAGCUGAGGAAGAUGAACUUGCUGCCUUGCAGGCUGAGAUGGCACUUUGAGCAGGUAUGUUUUCCCAGAACGUUGAAGAGCAUAUUACCGAUUGGUCAAAUUGUACUAUGGAGUUUCAGCUACUUAUUUCGGGCAUGCUGUGUGCACUUAUGGUCCAAACAGCCGAUGUAUAUAACGAUUGCGUAAACUAAAGAAAUAGUACCGUUUAAACUUGUAAUCUGUAUUUUGGAGGUUGAAUCCACUUUUCUGUCUCCAGUUUCUUCUUUUUUUUUUCCUUUUUGUUGAUUCGAACAUUCAUCUUAUGUCACCAACUCCGUGUCAAAGUGUCUGCAAGGCUUAUUUAAAGUAAAUAAAUUUAUGUUAAUUUUUAAUUUUGAUGUUGAA